AUGGCUUCUCGGUUUGCAGUGAAGUCUCUUGACCACGUUGUCUUAACCGUGCGCUCGAUACCUGCAACAGUAGACUUCUACACCAAGAUGAUGGGCAUGAAGCAUGAGGUCUUCACGUCAGCCAAGGACCCCGGCGUGGAGCGUCAUGCUCUCAUAUUCGGCAGCCAAAAGAUCAAUUUGCAUCAGAGUGGUCGCGAAUUUGAGCCCAAGGCCCAGGCCGUACAACCGGGUAGCGGAGACCUUUGCUUUCUGACCGAUACCAAGGUUGAGGAGGUUCUGGGGGAUCUCAGAGAUGGGGGCAUCGAGGUUUUGGAGGGCGGCGGGAUCGUUGACAGAAUAGGCGCAGUAGGCAAUCUACGCAGCGUCUACUGUAGAGACCCCGAUGGAAAUCUCAUCGAGUGA